AUGAAAAAAAACAGAGAAAGAUUCUGCAACCGAGAGAGGGAAUUUGUGUAUAAAUUCAAAGUUGGAAGUCAGUGCUUUGAACUGAGGGUACCCCUUAAAUUUCCUGUUCAAGAGAAUGCCAGUCAUUUACAUGGACGUCUAAUGCUGCUGCACAACUUACCAUGCUUUAUAGAAAAAGAGUUAAAGGAAGCUCUGAGCCAGUUUAUCGAAGAAGAAUCCCUCAGAGAUCAUGACAGAGAGGCUGAAGCCGCCCUGGAAGCUGUGAAGUCAGGUGAAGUUGACCUACAUCAGCUGGCAAGCACAUGGGCCAAAGCUUAUGCAGAGACCACGCUAGAGCACGCGAGGCCCGAGGAGCCCAGCUGGGAUGAAGACUUCGCGGAUGUGUACCAUGACCUCAUCCAUUCUCCAGCCUCUGAAACUCUCCUAAACUUGGAACACAACUACUUCGUCAGUAUCUCUGAACUCAUUGGCGAAAGAGACGUGGAGCUGAAAAAGCUACGGGAGAGACAAGGUAUUGAAAUGGAAAAAGUGAUGCAGGAGUUGGGAAAGUCACUGACAGACCAAGAUGUGAACACCCUGGCUGCUCAGCAUUUCGAAUCCCAGCAGGACUUAGAAAAUAAGUGGUCCAAUGAAUUAAAACAAUCGACUGCCAUUCAAAAACAAGAGUAUCAGGAAUGGGUAAUUAAACUUCAUCAAGACCUAAAAAAUCCCAACAACAGCUCCCUCAGCGAGGAAAUUAAAGUUCAGCCGAGUCAGUUCAGAGAAUCCGCUGAAGCAAAUGGAAGGGUUUAUGAGGAACAGAGAAAGUUAGAAGAAAGUUUUACCAUCCACUUAGGGGCCCAGCUGAAGACCAUGCACAACCUGAGGCUGCUGAGAGCAGACAUGCUGGACUUCUGCAAGCACAAGAGGAGCCACCGGAGCGGCGGGAAGCUCCACCGACUGCAGACGGCGCUGUCACUGUACUCCACGUCCCUCUGUGGCCUGGUGUUGCUGGUCGACAAUCGAAUCAAUUCCUACAGUGGCAUUAAGAGAGAUUUCGCCACAGUUUGCCAAGAAUGCACUGACUUUCAUUUCCCCCGGAUUGAAGAGCAGCUGGAGGUUGUCCAGCAGGUCGUACUUUAUGCAAGAACCCAGCGCAGGAGCAAGUUGAAAGAAUCUCAUGAUUCUGGAAGCCGAAAUGGAGGAAGUGAUGAUAAGACUAAAACUGCAGAUAGAAACUAUUUAAAUAUUUUACCUGGAGAAUUUUACAUCACGCGGCACUCUAACCUCUCUGAAAUACAUGUCGCAUUCCACCUUUGUGUGGAUGACAACGUGAAAUCAGGAAACAUCACUGCUCGGGACCCCGCCAUUAUGGGGCUUCGAAACAUCCUCAAGGUUUGCUGUACCCACGACAUCACGACCGUCAGUAUUCCCCUUCUGCUGGUGCACGAUAUGUCAGAGGAAAUGACUAUACCAUGGUGCUUAAGGAGAGCGGAACUUGUGUUUAAGUGUGUCAAAGGUUUCAUGAUGGAAAUGGCCUCGUGGGACGGAGGGAUUUCUAGGACAGUGCAGUUUCUGGUGCCGCAGAGUAUUUCUGAAGAGAUGUUUUACCAACUUAGUAACAUGCUUCCCCAGAUCUUCCGGGUGUCAUCGACACUGACCUUGACCUCCAAGCACUGAGCCCCCACAGAUCAACACGCUGAAGAAGAUGCUGGGAUCCUGUCAAGAUGCCCAGAAAGAGAACUUGCCACCCAAGGCACAAAUCCCAUCAUGAUAAACGUCUGCUAAACAUUCCAAAAACCCAUAUGUUGUACAGACUGGUG